AUGUACGGAGAGACAACCUUAGAACUAGAAUCAAACUUGGCUCUUCUUGAGUCCAUUCGCCACCAUCUUCUUGAUGAUUUGGAGCCUCCGGCAACGAGUUUUAGCGGCAAUAAUGUCUCGGUGACUUUCCCCUUUUUCGUGAAGGAGAAUUGGUGGGAAUCAUCUCUUGAAGCCGAAUAUGUGGACAACACCAUGCAGGACAAGCUCGAAGCUUUGCAUGACGUAAAUUACGUUGGAUGUGUUGUGUCCGACGACGAGGUUCAAUUGAAGGAACAAGAAGUGGCGGAGGGUGCUGUUCACGCGCCAAGGGAGGAGAGGCAUUAUAGAGGCGUGAGAAGGAGGCCUUGGGGGAAGUUCGCGGCGGAGAUAAGGGAUCCGGCAAAGAACGGCGCGAGAGUGUGGCUUGGAACUUAUGAGACCCCGGAGGAUGCGGGGCUGGCUUAUGAUCGAGCCGCAUUUAAGAUUCGAGGUUGUAAAGCCAAGCUAAAUUUUCCCCACUUGAUUGGCUCGAGUAACAUGGAGCCCGUUCGGGUGACCCCUAAGCGGCGCCGCUCGCCUGACCAAUGCUCUUCGUCAUCCUCGUCUGCAUACACAUUGGAUAACGGAUCUCCCAAGCCAAAGCUAAGAGAGGCCGGGGUUGAUAUUCACUUGGCAGUUUGA